UCUAUAUUGUAUCUCAGUUGAAUUCUUAAUAGCAGUGCACGAGUUAGUGUGCACUUGCAGCGCGCCCCGCCAUUUGGCAAGAAAACACGGUUUAGUAUAAUAAGGAUGAGACACGGAGCUCAUCCAUAUUAGAAGAGUCUUUAAUAAACUCAGACCGUAAAAGACACUCCUCCUGCUCCCGGCUCCCACUGCUCCGCCGCUUCCGCACUGAGUCGAUGCGCGGGAGGAAAUACACAGCCCCAUCUUUAUCAGGAUCAGCAUCGCCUUGACAAGACAAAGAGAGCCCUGCAAAUGAAGAAGCGCCCCAAUAGCAGGAGAAGCCAGUCUUAAAGUCACUAUUUCAGCAGCCGUGCCCGCCCCGAGGCAGAAAGGAACCGCGGUCCUAGGAGACUCUUUGGGGAUGCGCAAAGAUGCAAGAAAAGAGUGAGAGGCUUUGUGAUUGGCCAUACUCGUUCUAAAAGCAUCAACAUCAUGUUUUCUACAGCCAAAGCAUCAGCGAGGUGCCAUCAAACUUGAAGGAGACGUGGUCUCGGUCUGCGCAGUUGAUGCGUUCACAGCGUCAACCUUUAACUUGCAUCGUCGCACCCAUAAGAGGAGGACGCGCUGUUCGUAGUGCUGAAACAGAAAGACUUGGCGGAUCAACUAGUGAAGAAGAGGGAGACGCUCUCACUUCGCUCACCUGCUUCUGAGUAUCAGUGUUAUUUGGCAGCUUCAGUAAGAACUGAUCACAUUGUCGUCUGACUGUGCCUCAUGCUGUGGAUGAAGUUAAAGAUGGUGGUGGACUCCCUGCGUGGACGGAGAAGGAGGCUGCCCUGUUACCUCUGGUUCCUCCUGCUGUUCGCUGCUGGAGGUCUGGUUCUCUUCAUCCACCAGCGAGAUCUGUCAGAAAUGGUCCAGCAACAAGGCCCAGGCGUAAAGCUUGGAAGCACUCAACGGCAGUCCAGAGAGACUCUUUCUAUGCAAGACAGAGAGAGAGGCAAAUCUGACAAUUAUCAGCACAUACAAGAAACAGAAGGCAUCUUGUCCAGCCCAAUCCCUCCAAUGCAGUUCCCACACUUUGAGGAAAGUACACAGACGGCCACCCUUGGGUCUCGGGAGCAGAACCGACAGACGACCAGCCCUGGGUCUCGAGAGCAGAGUAAACAGAUGCUCAUCACUUGGUCUCGGGAGCAGGACACAAACUCCCUUCAUGUCUCCAAACGACACCGCAAGCUGCUAAAAACAAGUCCCCCAAUACAUCACAUAAUCAAAAAGGAUUCCUUAUCCUCUUCUUCCCCAUCGUCCUCUUCUUCAUCCUCCUCAUCAUCCUCAGUUUCCUUCCCUUCAGUCUCUGGCUCUUCUAUCCUUGACAGGUGGAAAAAGCUUGCCGAUAUCCAGGUUGCACGCCGGCAACUGAUGAAGGAGAUCUGUGCCAAGUACAAAAGCAACAUCUCCAAGACCAUAACAGGUCAUCAUGUGAAAAACCUUUUUGUGGAGGACAAGUACAAGUUGUUGUACUGCCAGGUGCCGAAGGCGGGCUGUUCCAACUGGAAGAGGACCCUGAUGGUGCUGGCAGGCAUGGCCCCCAAUGCUCAGAGCAUUAAACACGACACAGUCCACGACGGCAACCAUCUCAGGGAGCUUCGAACCUUUGACCACAAGGGAAUCAUGCACCGUCUGGAGACCUACACCAAAGUCAUGUUUGUCCGAGAGCCUUUAGAGAGAAUAGUGUCAGCUUACAGGGACAAGUUUGAAAAUCCUAACGACUACUACCACAACCUGUUUGGGAAACCCAUCAUCUCCAAGUACAGGGCAAACCCAUCCGUUGAAGCCCUAAAGACAGGCAAUGGGGUCACGUUCAAGGAGUUUGUCCAGUACCUGCUGGAUGUCCAUCGGCCUGUGGGAAUGGACAUCCACUGGGAGCAGGUACACCAGCUCUGCAACCCUUGUCUCAUAGACUAUGACUUCAUCGGCAAGUUUGAAAGCAUGGAGGAAGAGUCCAACUUUCUCCUGCGAUUGACUGGGGCACCACCCAAUGUCAAGUUGCCCAGUUUUAAAGAUAGGAACCCAGCUGACAAGAGAACCUCUACGGAGAUCACAGAAAAAUACUUUUCACAGGUCAGCACGUCAGAGAGACAGCGGAUCUAUGACUUCUACUACACAGACUAUCUGAUGUUUAACUACACAAAGCCUUUUAAAGAUUUAUAUUGACUGACUCUAAUCAGCUCUUGAAUUACAUUUCCCAUCUACAUCUCUACCAUAAUAGUACUAACAUCAAGAUGCUGACUCGCAUGCUCACAUGGAUCUUUGCAUCGAAGCAGACAGAUUAGACUAAACCUCCUCUGAUUUUGCUUUUAUUGGAUACAGUUCCAGCAGAUAAUCUUAAUUUUCAGACAAAUAUGAGAAGAGAGAAAACGUUAAUGUGAUUCCAAAUAAUUUAAAUCGGCCUGAAAUGGUAAUUGGUUAUUUUAUUCAAUGCUAGCACAGGGUGAGGUAGAAUAUUGAAAUUAUAAAUGUUAUGUUUCUAAAAAAAAAAAAGUGUAUUAUUGUUCAACUGGCUUUAAAUUACGGUAUGCCUUACUGGAAGUCAAAUAGGAUUUGCAAAUUAGUUUUAUGCUUUGAUUUAACAUAGGCACCACCUGGGUGCAAUUUAAUAUAGGUUCUACUCACAUUGCUAAAGCCACAAGUGAUUUCACAAUACAGUACAGUAUGUUAUGUAAGCCCCUAUCAACUACCUUUAGAAUAAUGAUAUCACAACAUUUAUAUAUACAGUAUAUAUAUAGUUUCUCUAGUCCUUCGUUGACCUCAGAUAAAGAUCAAGUAAUGAUCACCACUAUGUACUGUGAUUUGUAAUGAUCACCACCAUUUACUGUGAUUUGUUCAUCUGGACUCGCUGCAUUUUAAUUGUACAGUAAUUUAAUAGAUAUAUUUGCAUUUACUAUUUGACUUACAUCAGGUUAGGCAUCAGUAUACCUCUAUGUAUCAGUGCAUACUAAUACAGAUAUUUCAUGUAAAUGGUUUUACUAAGCAUAAACCAUAGCAAAAUUAAAAACUAUAUAUAUAGUAUAAAUAUUUAAAAUGUGUCACGUGUUGCCCACUCUAAAGCUGUGUGCAUUUAUUGUAGCAUUUUUGUAUUUCUAACUUUGUUGCUUAGGUUUGUUGGGAGGACAUCCAGUUAUUUGCAGGGUACAAAGUUUUGCUGACAAUGCCUCCCAACUCCUGCAAACCAAGACUAACUAAUCAUUCCGUUUUAGAGCCUGUUGAUGGAGUUGGCAAGCAAUUUGGUAAAAGUCAACAAAAACAACACAAAAACAGAUGUUAACACUUUGUAUUAUGACAGUCUAAAAAUGUAUGGUUUGGACACUUUUAAGGAUGAGAAAAUUAAAAGAGUGUGCCCAAACUUCUCCAUCUAUCACACUAAACACCCCCUGAACUGUUAUCACGUACAAAUCUCACACUUUCAGUAACUCCAUAGCGUCUGUCACAGGCAAUUUAUCACAUCUAUUCCACACCACCAUAUAGGCUUUUUUCGGACACAACUGUGUACAAUUGUACAAAGUAUAAUGGGCAUUCAGAUGACUAUAUAUUUUUCUAUGUAUUUCUAAAAAAUAUCUAUAUAUACUGUAAAUUCAGUGCUUAUGGUGAAAGUAGGUAUAUUUCCUUUUUGAUGUCAUUUGUUCUGUAAUAACCGUGUAGCGUUGUUGUAAAACAGAAGAGUUACUUUCCAAAAUACAAUAUCCACCAGCUAAAAACCAGAAGUAUUACUCUCAAGAAACUAAAUGACUACAAAAUCUUCGCGGUGCCAUUUAAAAUGCAGAAGAUAACUGAAAUAGUUUGAUUGAUGAAUUGAUACCAGUCGGUGCUUUAGAAGUAGUUGAAUAUUGUUUUUAAUGAAAAUGGAUGUAUACAUUUUCGGAAAUUAGCUCUUCAAUUACUUCUGUUUGGUCUCUCUAUAUGAUAAUAGACCCUGUACAGAGAGCUGCAUUCCUCCUAGUUACUCAUCCUGCUAAUGACAUUUUUACCCAUAGCAACUCCUCUAUGUGCGUGUGUGUGGUACUGAAAGAGCUUUGCAAUCUUUUUCCUGCAUUUUUUGGAAACAUACGCACAUUGCUAUAAGACACAUCUUAAGGGAAAACUAUCCUGUGUGUAACAUUACAUAAUAUUUCCAAGACACCACCCAGCUGGUACUAAUGUCAGAAAAGCUUUUUUCAUGAGUACGGUCAGAGCACAAAACAAUGUGCUAUAGUGAAAACUGCACAGAGACUGGAAAUUCUUACUUCCUUAGCACUCAAAUCUUUUUUCUUCUUUUGUUAAAUUAGGGCUCUGUAAUAACCUUUUCUAACAUUAAACAAAGAUACAAAAAGAUUUAAUUCCGGGUAAAAAUGAAUGGAUCCAAUCAUCAGAUAAUCCCGUACAGCAAAUCUCCAAGAUUAUAAUGAGUUAAUAGAGACCUCAGACAGAAAGUUGGGUUUAAGUGAAUACACAUAACUGUGACACCAAAAUAGUUGUUGCAAAUACAUACUUACAUUUACACAGAAAUACCUUUUUAAUAAACAAAAUACAAAGUAAAACCGCUUUGGUCCCCCCAACAGGUUGUCUUAAUGGAACUACAGCUCUCGCGGCUUUAGUUCUAAGGGGACCACUUGAAGGGGGACAGAAGCGGCGGGCCGCACAAGCUGUAGUUCCAAUGAGAAAACCUGAAGGGGGGCCAAAGAGGGAACAGUUACUUAGUGUUGCUUGAAAUCAAAAUAACAAGACUGACUACAACCAAAGUGGGUAGCAGUGUAUUUUAAAGAGGGUGCGUUGCAAAGAUGAACUUUAUUUAUUUUAAUGCUACAACGACCUAUGGCUCGACUCCUAUAAAGUAGCACUCACUAUUCAGCUAUACACUUUGCAGCUUACUGAAAAUGUGUUUUAUGUAACAAAAUACUUUAUAAAGAGAGAUAUUUGCCUAUGAGUAAGGGGAUAUUGAUAUUAUUUAAAUCUAUACACACUAUAACCAACUAUUGAACACCUUUAACAAUUUUGGUGGUAGUAACGUUUCACGAUGAUGGUAAUUGUAUGAACUUUUGUCGGUAUACUGUGUCGGCUUUUGCAAUUCCAAAAUCUUUGCUUAGGUUGUGGUUGGAUUCUAAGUAGGUAUAGCCAAUAUCUGUCCAAAACAGCUACUGCAUUAUAAUGAGCAUUACUCUGCUAAAACUCUGUCCGUCCAUCCCCACUAAUAAAGUUUUCUUGGUAUGUGGGUGUAUGGACAGAUUUAUCAAAAGCGUGAUUACAGUAACAAGUGAAUGUAUAACUGUUUAUUGUUGGUGCAAAAGUGUAUGAUCUUAAGCCCUUUGCCUUAUUUUACACUACAAAUCAAAUGGUGUAUUUCAGGAAGACAUUCUUCAGGAGAUUAUUAUGUCUGACUAAUGAGUGUCUACUAAUAAAUUGUCUUUAGCAUUUU